CUAAUCCUUUCAUCGGUCGAUUCUAACGUGAUUUUGUCUUUAAUCAUCGCAAGUAAUAAAAUGAGACCAGAGCAGACGCCUUGAUGGCACUGGCUCGGGGGGUGGAGCGCCCGAGGCCUGCCGCUUAACCCCGGACAAAAUGUCACAGCGAUCAAUAACGUCCGUCGGUGCUCAUUAGAUCUGGACACAAAAGAAAAUGACAGAAAGCAAAAGAAAAGAUGCUGAAGGUUGGCGCACUUGGCGGCUGUCGUCUUGAAUGCUAACCGAUGCUACGUUCGCGCUGACAGGAGAGAAAGGAAGAAAAAUGCAGAUAGAGGGGCGGGAAGAGUGAUGAUUCUGCUCUCUCUCUCUCUCUCUCUCUGGCGUGCGCUCCCUCUGUUUCUCGCUUGGAGGAAAACAAACAGCAACCCCCCCUGACAUGAAGAGUGGGCUGCGGCAGUAGCACAGCCUCUCUUUUUCGACAUCUUAUUCAAAAAUCCACUUUCAUGGCUCAGCAUCUAAUGGAGCACUCAAUAGAUGGACCAGCGGAUUGACGCCCCCUCUUCUAAUUCAGAAAGACUCAACCUUGCUUCAACACAUGCUGGCUCAUUUGCUCGACCUCCCCCCCUCCCCUCCUCGCUCACAUGCGACAUUUAAUUCAGAAAUGCACACUCUUGCUUCAGCAGCCACUUCAUCCAUCUCUCUUAUAACACGCUCGAGAUCUAACGUCAGCAUCCGCUGGAUCUUCCACUGAAUCUGUGUGUACAUUGUUGACAUCUGAUUAAAAACAAAAAAAGCCUUAGAAUAUUGGAACGCCCACUGGAUCUCGCUGGAACAUCUCACAACAUCGACCGUUUAGUCCAAGCACUCAUCCUACACCGACUGGAUCCUCCAUUGGAUCAUUCAAAGUACACCGGAUCACUUCUCCAUCGGAUCCCCUACUUGGUCACUGUCAUGUCACAUCAAAAAAUCCCCAGCACCCACUGGAUCACCUAGAUCGCCUCUUCUAAUUAAAAAAACUGGACUGGAUCAGCACCUCCUCUCCUUCACCGCACUCAACAUCUAAUUACAAAGACUCUUGGCUCAGCACCCAACGGAUCCCCCAGCGGAUCGCCGCUGCCGCCUCCUCUUCUGCACACUCUCUAAAUGACGAGCGCCUUCACUCCUCCUCUUCCUCGCCCACUUACUGGAGCGACCAGCGGAUCUUCUGGACCCGGCGCUCGUCUGCUCCCUGGACUCUGUGGCAGCCCAUCUCGUUCAUUUGGAUUAAGCGUGACCAAAAUGCUGCUGGGUGAGGCCUGAGUACCAUGACGAGCGGCCAGGACGUUUGGGUCACGUUGACCCCGGCAGAAUUCGCCCUCUUGCAAGAAUACACUCAAUACUCGACCAAGAAACUGAAAGACGUGCUGCAGGAGUUCCAUGGCGAUGGUGUGCUGGCCAAAUACAAUCCAGAGGAGAAACAAGAAAUCCUCAGCCAGGAGAUUGACUUUGAAGGCUUCAAGGUGUUCAUGCAGACCUUCUUGGAGACCGAGCUGCCGCACGAGUUCUGCCAGCAUCUUUUUUUGUCCUUUAGCAACAAGGACCAUGCCAGCCCGUCCUCGUCUUCCGACAAGCCCAAAGUCGCUGGACUCAAGCUGAUCAAAAGCAACUCGACCCCACUGAGGACGAGCGCCCUACCCGGGCCGCAGAGCACGGUGCAGCUCAAAGACAUCGUGUGCUACCUGUCGCUGCUGGAAGGAGGACGGCCAGAGGACAAACUGGAGUUUAUGUUUCGUCUCUAUGAUACAGACGGAAACGGCUCUCUGGACAGCUCGGAGCUGGAGCACAUCAUCUCGCAGAUGAUGCACGUGGCCGAGUACCUGGAAUGGGACGUGACAGAGCUCAAACCUAUCCUCCAGGAAAUGAUGCAGGAGAUCGACUAUGACCACGAUGGCACCGUGUCUCUGGAAGAGUGGAUCCGAGGAGGGAUGACCACCAUCCCACUUCUGGUCCUGUUGGGUCUGGAGACUAAUGUGAAAGAUGACGGUCAACACGUGUGGCGUCUGAAGCACUUCAACAAGCCGGCCUACUGCAACCUUUGCCUCAACAUGCUCAUCGGCCUCGGCAAGCAGGGACUCUGCUGUUCAUUCUGCAAGUACACGGUCCACGAGCGCUGCGUGGCCCGCGCGCCGCCCUCCUGCAUCAAAACCUACGUCAAAUCCAAGAAAAACACCGAGGUCAUGCAUCACUUCUGGGUGGAGGGGAACUGCCCCAACAAGUGUGACAAGUGCCACAAAACCAUUAAGUGUUACCAGGGCCUAACUGGGCUGCAUUGCGUGUGGUGUCAAAUCACGCUCCAUAACAAGUGUGCCUCCCACGUGAAACCCGAGUGUGACUGUGGUCCUCUAAGGGAUCACAUCCUCCCGCCAAACUCCAUCUGUCCCGUCGUCCUGGAAAGGCAGUCGACUCUUAGGAAGGACUCACGGUGCAGCCUGUCGAGUCGCGGAAAGGUCCAGAGAGCCAAUUCUGUGACGGUGGACGGUCAAGGCCUGCAGAUCACGACAAUAGAGGGCACUCAUCCGCUGCUGGUGUUUGUCAAUCCAAAGAGCGGCGGCAAACAGGGAGAGAGGAUCUACAGGAAGUUCCAGUACCUCUUAAACCCGAGGCAGGUGUACAACCUAGCUAAGAAUGGACCCAUUCCCGGGUUGAAUUUCUUCCGAGACGUCCCCGAUUUCCGGGUGCUGGCGUGCGGAGGGGACGGCACGGUGGGCUGGAUCCUGGACUUUAUAGACAAGGCCAACUUGGACCGGAACCCGCCCGUCUGUGUACUUCCGCUUGGCACAGGAAAUGACCUGGCCCGAUGUCUGCGCUGGGGAGGAGGCUACGAGGGCGAGAGCCUGCUCAAGAUCCUACGUGACAUCGAAAACAGCAGCGAGGUCAUGCUGGACCGCUGGAAGAUUGACGUCACGGCCACCGACAAGGACGAGCGAGGCGAUCCGGUGCCGUACAGCAUCGUCAACAACUACUUCUCCAUCGGAGUGGACGCCUCGAUCGCACAUCGUUUUCACGUGAUGAGGGAGAAGCACCCGGAGAAAUUUAACAGCAGAACAAAGAACAAGCUGUGGUACUUUGAGUUCGGCACUUCAGAAACCUUCUCGGCCACGUGCAAGAAGUUACACGACUUCCUGGAGGUUGAGUGCGACGGCGUGACCCUGGACCUGAGCUCCGUCUCCUUAGAGGGCAUCGCCAUCCUCAACAUACCCAGCAUGCACGGCGGCUCCAACCUGUGGGGCGAAAGCAAAAAGAGAAGGGGUCACCGUAAGGCGGCCAAGAAGGGCCUGGACAGGAGGACGCCUUUGACCGACCCCAAGGAGCUCAUGUUUGCAGUUCAAGACCUGUCCGAUCAGCUGCUGGAGGUGGUCGGCCUCGAGGGGGCCAUGGAGAUGGGUCAGAUCUACACGGGUCUGAAGAGCGCCGGAAGACGCCUGGCGCAGUGCUCCUCCGUCACCAUCAGAACCAGUAAAUCCCUUCCCAUGCAGAUUGAUGGUGAACCUUGGAUGCAGACUCCAUGCACCAUCGAGAUCAUCCACAAGAACCAAGCGCCCAUGCUGAUGGGUCCUCAGCAGAGUCGAAGCUUCUUCUCCUCGCUGGUGAGGAGAAGGCGGGCCGAGAGCAAUGACUGAUCCCUGGAAUUGCUUCACAGGUUCUCCAAGUUCUCGUCACAAAAUUUAGCCCAGCCUCUCUGGGACCGGUUAGGAGGUGCGUGGGGCUCGCGUGCUUGCCUGCUUGAUAGCCCAGCGUGCCGUAGCAAAACUUAGGUUCUGCCAGGUGGGUCUCGGAGCGCUGUUUAGAUCCACGAGUCUGUUUUUGUUUUUAAAUAUUGAUUAUUUAUUUAAUUGUCGCUUUUGGGUUAUGGCGGACAAAUGUGUUUUGUCAUGAGGCCUCUGCACAUGUGUUUUUACUGUGGUACUUUGACACACCUUAGCAGUUUUUCAAGUUAGGAGCCACGGCUCGGUCGAUAUUUGUAUGCUUUGUGCUGUCUGCCGGAAGUUGAUUUGAGAUUCACUGGCGGAGCUAGGAUUUAUUUUCCUUGGUGGAGGUCUUCCGAAAAUAUUCCCUACGGUAGACAUCUGGAAAUUUCCAGAAAGAUCGGAAAAUACCAAAAAGUCAAUUGACUGGCUGGCAUCUGGGGGUUGAAG